AUGGUCAGACAAAGCCAUCUAUUCGCCUUUGCAGCCCUUGCUGUAGGCGGACUUGCGACGCUGCACGAGCAACGCAGCACCAAAUACAACAAGACCAUCUACGCUUAUGGUAUGAACGGCAUAGAAGGGUAUCCCGUGUACUCGGAUGAGAAUGGACUUGCGGUUAUUGCUGCCAACUAUACCGACACCUCGGCAUUGUUUGACGUGAAAUUUCUUCUCAUCCUAGGGACCAUCGAUACCACUGGUGCAUCGGCCUGGAAUGUCUCCCUCAAUUCUACCGAAGACGAUGCGAGUUUCUACAUUGUGCCAGAUGGUGAUGGCUACGUUCAGGCGGGCUUCACCAUCAACGACACGGCUCCAGAUGGCGCCGCGACAGUCGGUUUCGUGCUCUAUGGCUCUGAUAUCAUGUUUGCGUCUGGCGAUACGUAUCUAUACCAGUUCUGGGCGACGAACACCUCGACCACUGGGCUCUGGAAUGUUACUUGGAACGUGGACGGAGAUGCUGAGGAUGGAAGCGUUCCCGUCAUGCUGAAGGCGAGAGCACCAUCGUCAGACUAA